UAAGAGUACUACUUUGCUUCUAAGAGGAGAGACCAAGAAAAGUCGCAGCCAUGCCUAUGUUAACGUCUAUCAGGACAUCGAAUGGAAAGAUCGAGAUCAUUGAUCAAUUGCUCUUGCCACACACGACAAAGUACGUAGAGAUCACAUCCAUCGAAGAAGCCCAUGAUGCUAUCAAGGACAUGAAGAUUCGUGGUGCUCCGGCCAUUGCAUCGUUGGCAUCACUAGCUUUUGCUGCUUACAUUCAAACUGGUCUCGACGCCGCUCCACAACCAGCCUUCCUCCUGUCACCCGAAUCACUUUCCGCCAAUGUGAUCCACAAGCUUGACUAUAUCUUUUGCGCUCGUCCUACAGCCGUUAAUCUAGGUGCAGCAAUUCGCCGCCUAAAAGCGGUUCUUCAGUCCUCUGCAGAUGCUGGAAAGUCCGUUGGAUUAAUCGCGGCAGACUUGAUCAGCGAAGGAAAGCUCAUAGCAGAUGAGGAUUUCGACCGCAAUAAAAGAAUGGCGGAGCACGGCGGUGAAUGGCUUGCAGAACUCGACAGGGGAUCUGGAGGCAGUGGCCAAGACCUUAAUGUCCUCACAGUGUGUAACACAGGAUCCCUUGCGACAUCGGGUUACGGUACAGCACUGGGGUUGAUUACCUAUCUUCAUGAACAAAAGAAGUUAGGCAAAGCAUACUAUACCCAAACUGCACCAUACCACCAAGGGUCCCGCCUCACAGCGCUAGAGCUCAAGACCAUGCAGAUCCCCUCUGUAAUGAUCUGUGACACAAUGGUUGGUUCUUUAUUCCAGCACCAUAAAAUACAUGCCGUUGCCGUUGGUGCCGAUCGGAUAGCGAGGAACGGUGACACCGCGAACAAAAUCGGGACUUACAAUGCAGCCGUACUUGCAGCACGGCAUAAGAUCCCAUUCAUUGUUGUUGCCCCGAUUAGCACUGUCGAUCUCGAUACCCCGGACGGCUCAAGCAUUCCGAUCGAGCACCGCAAGCCACUCGAAGCUUGCCUCGUGCGCGGGGCUGUUCAUCCCUUUGACUAUGAUGCCGAGGGCAAGGUUAGGCAGGAGACUGUUAUGAUCACUCCGAGUGGGCUCGAGGGGAUUUACAAUCCAAGCUUCGAUGUUACCCCCGCUGAACUCAUUACCGCGAUUGUCACAGAGAAGGGUGUGGCAACCAGGAAAGAGGGCGAGACUAGUUUCGAUCUAAGUGGAGUUGUAUGAUCUCCUCAUGGGAACUAUAACGUGAUUUUCAACUAGAAGCAGAAUCUACAUGUACUCACAUAACAGUUCAGAACUUCAGCUAGAAAUUUACCCAGGUGCUGCAUAGCUGUGUCUCAGAUACUCAGUCGUAAGGUUGACCAAUGACUUCGGAUGAUUCAGAAAGCACCAAUGAGAUCACUUGGAUAUUCUAAAAAAUGACAGUCCUGUAAAUCAGUC